AUGAAAAAGUCGGCAUUCGUACGAUUUGGUCGUGGUGCUCCAGUCGAGAUCCCAGAGAAGAGAAAGAGUCAAUAUGUUCGGUUCGGGCGAAAGUAG